GUAUAUUUAAUAUAAGUUUAGACUACUUAAAGUGUCACAUUGGCUAUGUUUAAGGGCUGGAGUCACUUUUGGCUUAGGUUUCACAUUACACUGACUACUCUGAAGUCAUGCAGCUAUUUAGCCUGAGGGGGGGCAUGUUCAGUGCUGCAGCACAGAGGAGCUGCUGAGGAGAGAGCCAGGCUUUGUUCUGCCUCCGUCUCUCACACUUGGUUGUACAAAGGGGAUUGUUUUUGACUCAUCGACGGUUUUUUUUUCUUCUCCUCUUGCAGUUUUCGCCAUUGCCUGCCACAUGGCGACCUUCGCCCGCAGCGCACCUCUGCCGGAGAGGAGCACACUUGUUGAGGGGGCGCAGUUUCAGGAGAUCGUGCAGAGGAGCCGCACGUUGGUAGAAAAGAUCCUGCAAUCCAUUCCCGACGCGCACAAAUCCUGCAUUACAACAGAGACGCUGCAACUCAAUUCCACAGAAAAUAUGAAACUUGGAAUAAUGGCAUCCAACAUUGGAAUUCCUGCUGCACCUGUACUCGGAGGUGUGUCCGAAACCUUGUCUUUGGAGACCAGAUUGACACGUAUGACCGAGGGUCUCCAGCUGCACAGGGCCUUACUGAGCGCCGUCUCUCCUCGGCUGGAGAACAAAGACAAAGUGACCGCGCUGCUGGCUGACAUCAGGGAUCUUGUCGUUCAGAUCAAUAAGAUGCUGAAAAUGGUCCAAGCUGAGGCCGUGGUGCAGCCCUCACCGACCCCCGCAGCGUUGCGGUUACCGGGGGAAUAUGAGGUUCAGGUGGCAGCACACCUGACGCUGGUGCAGCUCCAGACCUUUGGGCAGGACGUGGUCCGCAGCCUCAGGAGCCUGGACAGGAGCAUUGACGAGGAGACAGAGAGCUGACCAAUAGCUGCCAUACUCUAAAAGCUUUUGGUCCAUGUUUAAAUGUGCUAUUUAUUUAUUUGUUAAAAUUAAUAUUUAUUUUUCUAAAUAUAUUUUUAUUUAUAUUGUUAUAUUUAUUUAUGGAAUAUUUAUUAUGGGAAUUUAUUUUCUAUAAAGUUUUGUAUCCCUCAAAUAGCUUUAUUCCCAUCUGUAUAACAUGUUUGUUUGUUUUUUAAAUUAAAAAGAUUAUGUAUCUAUUUAAACAAGAAUAUAUAUCUAUUUAAACAAGAAUAUAAUAUUAAUUAAAAAUAUCUCCUUACUGUUAACAGAAGCUUUUAUGAACUUUAUCCAUUGUUAAUAUUUUAGGGGAUUGGGGAGUAAUUAUGCAUUCUGUAAAAUUAUUGAACGUUAUUUUUAUUUGCUAAUAUUUAAAAACAUGGUACUGUAUGUGCAUAUUU